AUCGGGCAGCAAGGAGCGACCAUGGCUCCGUUUCGAGGCCGAGGAGGAAGUCGUGGCGGAGGAGGAGGUCGCGGCGGCGGUAGAGGCCGGGGCGGAGGUGGACGUGGACGUGGAUUUGCUGGUGGGCGAGGCGGAAGUCGAGGUGGUGGCAGAGGUGCGGCUCAGAGCAGUGGCAAGACGGCAAGGAGUGGCAUCAAGACUGCGAAUGGCUAUCGCAAGUUUGACAGCCAGCGUGUCAGGGACGUGGACUCGGAAGACGAGCAGCCCCAAGCGGAUGAAGAAGAGGCGGAGGCAGAGUCUGAAAUCGAUGAUUUGGACGAUGAGGACGAGAUCGAGAUCAAGCCCACUGUCAAAGCUUAUCAUGCCUUGCUGCAGUCCUUACCCAAGCCUGAAGAGGAAGAGAAUGAUGGACAGCCGAACGCCAAGAGACGCAAGAUUGAGGAGCCUAUUGAAGUCAUGUCUGAAGACGAGCAGGAUAUAUCAGAGAAUGAGGCCAGUGAGGAUGAGAGUAUGCAGCAGGAUCGCUCAGAGCAUGCGGAAUCAGACGAGUCUGAGGACGAAGACGAUGAAGAAGUUGUAUUCGAGGGGGAGGACGACUCCUCCAACAACGAUGAUCCAUACGAGACCCAUUUUGCCAAUCCGGAAGACAAUGAACUCAAGCGAAGACUUCAAUCAAUCCAGGAAAACCAGUGGAAGGCAGAGAAGCAGUCUAUCGGGAAGAAGUUGAAUGGUAUCCUCCAUUCACCCAAUUGCUCCGAAUUCAGUGCAAUUCGGACAGGCAUUAGCAGAGUCGUCGACGUCCCUCUCAAGGAGAGAAUCGCCAGACAUGCUGACAAGCAUAUCUCUCUCGAAAGCGAACUGGAUCAGACCGUUGCGGCUCACAUGUUCAACUACACGGACGUGCUUAUAGGAAGUCGAACACCGCGAAAUGCCGCAUCCCUGCGUAACAUGGCCGCUUUCCACGCAGUGAGCCAUGUGCUCAAGGGCCGUGAUCGAGUCAUCAAGAAUAACGAACGCAUGAACCGUGCGGACGAGACAGAAACGUUGGAGCUUCGUGACCAGGGCUUUGUCAGACCCAAGGUGUUGAUCAUGACAGAAACACGACAGAUGGCUGCAAACUAUGCCAACGCAAUAGUCGAUGCCUUCCAGCCAGAUCAACAAGAGAAUAGGAAAAGAUUCGACGACGCUUUCACAGCACCUCUCGAUGACCGACAACAUAUUCCGGAGGACUUCCGAGAGCUCUUUGGUGGCAACGACAGCGACGACUUCAUGACCGGGCUGAAGUUCACGCGGAAGACUCUGAAGUUCUACUCCGCCUUCUACGGCAGCGACAUUAUACUAGCUUCGCCUUUGGGCAUUCGCAAGAUCAUCGAAAACGAGGAUAAAAAGAAGAAAGAUUAUGAUUUCCUGACUUCCAUCGAAGUAGUCAUCACCGAUCAAGCAGAUGCAAUGCAAAUGCAGAAUUGGGAGAAUGUGGAAGUUGUCUUCAGUCACCUCAAUCUCGAGCUCAAAGAGUCGCACGGCUGUGACUUCUCGCGUGUCAGAAACUGGUACCUCGAUGGUAACGCAAAGUACCUGCGCCAGACCGUAGUCUUCUCCGCCUACAUCACGCCGGAACUCAACAGACUAUACAACUUCUACAUGCAGAACAUUGCAGGAAAAAUCAAGAUCACACCCUCGUACCCUGGCGCCAUCAUAGCGACCAGUGGUCUUGGUAUCAAACAGACCUUCUCACGAUUCGACUCUCCUUCCCCACCAGGCGACCCAGAUGCGCGAUUCAAGUAUUUCACAACAGCGAUCCUCCCUCGCCUGUUGAAGCUUCCCAAACCAGCAGACGGCGCGCCAGGUAUUCUCGUCUUCGUCCCCACAUACUUCGACUUUCUCCGUCUGCGAAAUUACUUUGCAACCUCGACGCAAACUGAAAACAUCUCGUUCGGCACGAUCCACGACUACAGCGAGAAAUCAGAGCAAAGGCGAGCUCAAGCACAUUUUCGGAAUGGGAGACAUUCGAUCUUGCUCUACACCCAACGAGCGCAUCACUUUUAUCGAAUACGUAUGAAAGGUGUGAAACGAAUCGUCAUGUACGGGCUGCCCGACAAUGCACUUUUCUAUGAAGAAAUUGUGCAAGGUUAUCUUGGUGCUACUAUCACCGAAGGCACCAUCGAUCCCAUCGAAACCAGUGUGAGGAACAUGUUCAGCAAAUGGGACGGACUGAGAUUGGAACGAGUCGUGGGCACUGAAAGAGUAAAAGCAAUGCUUGGAGGACAGGGAGAUACGUUCGAUUUUGUAUAAUCACAACUCUAGAAUCUCUCGAGCGAGCGGCGUCAAGCCCAAUCGAA